CAACCCUUUUUCGUUCAUAUAACGUCAAACCGAUAGCCCUAUUGACAGCUGGCAAAAGCGUACGCGUCCAACAGAUUAUAGCGACAGAGGAUUAACACCACAGACCAUUUUGCGGGCCAUCUAUCUACCUUACGCGGACGUACGGAACAACACAACGAUGCCUAUUUUUCAAAAGAAAUUUGCACCGAAAGUUGCACCACCACGCAGCCAGCGCCUAAACAUUGGCUGUCCACCGCCGGCCGAAGAUUUGGACGAUUUCCGUACCAUUACGCUGAAUCUGGUCGAUAAGCAGCUCUGCUUCAUCGAUGGCGUCUGGCUGAAUGGGUUGAAGCCGGGCGGCUCAACAUCGUCCGGGCCUGGCGUCAACCUGACGGACGAUUUGCUGCGCAUGAAGCGGCGUAUGAAAACGCUCGAACAGGAGAACAACAUGCUGCAGGUGAAGCUCGACGUCCUGGUCGAUCUGCUGACGGAGAAUGUGAUCGAGCUGAAUGAGAUUAAAACCCACUGAGUGGAACGAUACGAUGA